AUGGAUGGCCAAGGCAUCUCAUCGUCCUCGCCAAGUGACUCCGUCGCGGACACCUCAGUAGCGACAUCGUCACAGUCACAACCAUCGCCAGAACAACAUCGACCAACAUCGACAUUACCAAGAAUCAUUGUUGUUUUUAUGAACGGUUGUCAUUCUAGACUACGCUCUGUUAUUGACAGGGAGACUGGCGAACGUAUCUACGAUCACGAGAGAGACAAGGAUAAGCCGAUCGAAAUGUCCUUUGUGCAAGGAAAACUCCAGUCCCUCCAGGAUACGGACGAGGGCCAUUUCAUAUACAUUCGUGGCAUCACGCAUAGGAAGCAAGACACAUACGAAGCAAAACUACCUGGGCGUGAACGAGAGUAUCAUUCACCUUGCCCCGCAAAGAAGCAUCAGAACCCGGCCUUCUUUGUAUGUUGCGCUGGAUAUGCUGAUGGGAAGCCCCUUGGCUCAGAGUACACAAGUUGUGAUCUGGAAAAGGAUAAUGAAACUGCUUACGCGGCUGUAUUGGUGCGUGUCCUUCCCGACCCGGACCUUACUAAAGCUCAUAUCGCUAUUAGUCAUCUAUUCAACGCGGAGGACGAGUGGAAGGCGCGACGUAACUCUACAUUCGUCAUUGUGGAGGACUGGGCAAGGGAGAGGCCGCCUCAUAAUUUUACUUUGAAGCCAACUGAAGCUGCAUGA